AUGAGGAUAGAGCCUGGCUCAAGCGACGAUGAUGGCGAUGAGGAUUUCGUUCCCGACGACAACGACGAGGAUGAGGAGUUUGUGUUUGACGUCAAGGAUGAAGAAGAGGCUGAGGAGGUGCCUGAAUCUGUUAAAAACGAGGAAGACGACGAGGAGAUUAUUGUUAUCGAGGGCACGAGUGCCACCAAUGGCGAUGGCGACCAGAAUACAAUCGAUAGUGACACCCCGUUGGCAGAAGUGCCCAAAAAGCGAAAACGGGCACCUGCAGGCUCAAAACCGAAAAAGAAGAAGAACGACGGGCCCAAGCUCACGGCCCACCAACGACGGACAAUGAAGCUUUACGAGUUCAACCCAGACGUGGCAGAGACGUUCCCGCAGCUCUCCUUACUGAGUCGAAGGCCGGUUGAGAAGGCUGAGCAUCCAGAGGGCAUGACCAUCACGCUGCUUCCGUUCCAGCUCGAAGGUCUGGCUUGGAUGAUCAAGCAAGAGGAGGGCGAAUAUCACGGUGGCAUUCUUGCUGAUGAGAUGGGUAUGGGCAAGACGAUCCAGAUGAUUUCGUUGAUGAUGCACGAUCGCAGUAAGCGUCCGACGCUGGUUGUUGCGCCGACGGUGGCCUUGAUCCAGUGGAAAACGGAAAUUGAGAACCAUGCUGGCGGCGCUCUUAAAGUCGGGCUUUUCCACGGACAGAGCCGUGCUAAGUCGCUUGAAGAGCUGGAGGAGUACGACGUUGUGAUGACCACAUAUGCAGUGCUUGAGUCGUGCUACCGGAAGCACAAGUAUGGCGUGAAGCGGAACGGUAGAACGGUUAAGGAGAAAAGCCUGCUUCACUCGAAACAUUUUUACCGGGUCAUUCUGGACGAGGCACAUAAUAUCAAGGAUCGUCAGAGCUCGACGGCGCGCGCUGCAAACAAUUUGAGUUGCGACAAACGAUGGUGUCUUUCGGGCACGCCGUUGCAGAACAGGAUCGGUGAGCUUUAUUCUCUGAUCCGGUUUCUGGACAUUGCCCCGUUCUGCGAAUAUUUCUGUACCAAGUGUCCGUGUCGCUCAAAAGAGUGGAUAUUUCCCGACAACAGAAACUGCUACUUUUGCGGCCACCACGGCAUGCUCCACAUGAAUUUCUUCAACCACUUCAUGCUGAAAAAUAUCCAGAAAUAUGGUCUGCAGCAAGAGGGUGAAGAGUCGUUUGAGCGGAUCCAGUUACUUCUUCGCCAGAUCAUGCUCAGAAGAACGAAAGUGGAGCGGGCCGACGAUCUGGGACUGCCUCCAAAAAUCGUCGAGAUUCGACGCGACUAUUUCAACCCAGAAGAGAAGGACCUCUACCAGUCGCUAUACUCAGACUCGAAACGGCAGUUCAACGACUACGUUGCACAAGGUGUGGUUCUGAACAACUAUGCCAACAUCUUUACCCUAAUCACGCGGAUGAGACAGCUUGCGGAUCAUCCGGAUCUAGUUCUCAAGCGAUUCAAGAAAGCACCCAAGGAUCUUCUCAACAGCGGUGCCAUUGUCUGCCAGCUGUGUGAUGACGAAGCAGAGGAGCCGAUAGAGUCCAAGUGUCACCACAAGUUUUGCCGGAUCUGUAUCACAGAGUACGUGGAGUCGUUCAACGGCGACAAUAAGCGUCUCGAGUGUCCGGUGUGCCACAUUGGGUUGAGUAUUGAUCUGGAGGCGCCUGCGCUGGAGAUGAACCAGGAGGUCGUUGAGAAGGGCUCUAUUGUGAAUAGAAUUGACAUGGGAGGCGAAUGGAAGUCUUCCACUAAAAUUGAGGCCUUGAUGGAAGAGUUGUACAAGUCCCGUUCCGACAGACAAACAGUUAAAAGCAUUGUCUUUUCGCAGUUCACGUCCAUGCUGGACCUGGUGGAGUGGCGGCUCAAAAGGGCGGGCUUUUCUAUUGCGAAAUUGCAGGGAUCCAUGACCCCCAUCCAGCGUGACUCUGUGAUCCAGCACUUUAUGACCAACCCGUCGGUGGAGGUGUUUUUGGUGUCUUUGAAGGCCGGAGGCGUUGCUCUGAAUCUUGUCGAGGCCAAUCAAGUGUUUAUUCUGGACAGUUGGUGGAACCCUGCUUUGGACACGGGUCAGGCCGCAGACAGAAUUCACCGGAUUGGACAGCACCGGCCUAUCAGAAUUGUGAAGUUGGUCAUCGAAGACAGUAUCGAGUCGCGGAUCAUUGAGCUGCAACAGAAGAAGGCAGACAUGGUCAAGGCCACGUUGGACCAGGACCAGAACGCGGCUAGCAGGCUAUCGGCUGCUGACAUGCAGUUUUUGUUCAAUAAUUGA